GACGAACGAGAAUAAGAAAAAAAAAAGCGACACCAAAGAUGAUCUAAGUGUCAGACUGUGCUGCAGAGUGCGCGAGAGUCCAGGCCCCGGGGGCAGCUCGCGCCGCCGCCGCCGCGCGCAGGAAAUGAAACGGGAGCCAUAUUUGGAGGCGGCCGAGUGAAGACACACAGGAGACGGCGGUGGCGGCUCCGGCUUCCCCCGUUACUCCAUCCGACCACCCUAUCGGAGAGGGAGCGAUGAGCUCGCAGGCUCGUGCGAGCGCCAGCGGCGAUAUCCUGAGGAAGAACCCGCAGCUGGAUUUCGAACUGAUCCAGAGGGUCGGCAGUGGCACCUACGGUGAUGUCUACAAGGCAAGGAAUCUACAGACUGGAGAGCUGGCUGCAGUCAAAAUUAUCAAAUUGGAACCAGGAGAUGACUUUUCCAUUAUACAGCAAGAAAUCUAUAUGGUAAAGGAGUGUAAGCAUGCCAACAUUGUGGCCUACUUUGGAAGCUAUCUAAGCCGUGAGAAGUUAUGGAUCUGUAUGGAAUUCUGUGGAGGUGGAUCACUUCAGGAUAUGUACCAUGUAACAGGACCCCUGUCGGAACUACAGAUAGCUUAUGUUUGCAGAGAAACCUUGCAGGGUCUGGGCUAUUUGCACAGUAAAGGAAAAAUGCACCGAGAUAUAAAGGGGGCAAACAUUUUACUGACAGACCAUGGUGAUGUAAAGUUAGCUGACUUUGGUGUUGCAGCAAAAAUAACUGCUACUAUGGCCAAAAGGAAGUCCUUCAUUGGAACCCCAUACUGGAUGGCUCCUGAAGUUGCUGCAGUGGAGAAGAACGGUGGAUACAACCAACUCUGUGACAUCUGGGCAGUUGGAAUUACUGCAAUCGAACUGGCAGAACUGCAGCCUCCAAUGUUUGAUUUGCACCCUAUGAGGGCUUUGUUCUUGAUGAGCAAGAGUGGAUUUCAACCUCCUAAGUUGAAAGACAAAGUGAAAUGGAGCACAACGUUCCACACUUUUCUCAAAGUAGCAUUGACAAAAAAUCCAAAGAAGAGGCCAACAGCAGAGAAGCUACUGACUCAUUCAUUUUUAGCACAGCCAAUCUUGUCCAGAUCAUUAGCAUUAGAGUUGUUGGACAAAGUCAAUAAUCCUGAAAAUCACCAUUUCAAUGAGACAGAUGAUGACGACCUUGAGCCCCUCUCUGCUGUUCCUCAUACCAUUCGCUCCAAUAAUAAGAACACAAGGGCAGAAAGGACGCGAUCAGAGAUCAACUUUGACAAAGUUCAGUUUGAAUCUCCAUUAAGAAAAGAAACUGAGGCUCAUUGUGAAAUGGAGGUAACCAAAGAAACAGUAUUUGGUUCAUCAUGGAGCCCAUUUGCAGAUGGAGGAAACAAGGGACACAUAGCACACUUGGAAGAGAACUUUGAAGAUGAACUGUCAACACUUAAACGAGUAGUUCCACCUCCUCUUCCACCAAAGCCAAGGGUGCAUAGUGCUUCUGAUAUUCCAGAUGAAGAGAGGUCACAGACGGUCAAGAGGCAACCUUGUACAGAAAAUGGACCAUCAGCUGUGCCAAGAAGACAGAGUACUCCAACAUCACUGUACCAAUCAGAGAUUCUUGAAACAUCCCUUCCCAGUAGCCUUAGUAGCCCUGGAUUGCUUGAUAUCAGAGCUAAUGAGAUAGGUUUUGCAGGAGGCUCUUCAAUCCUAACUGGUGAAAAUUCUGAGCAUCCUCCAGCAUUACCUCGAAGAAAAGAAAAGAGAGAUUUUCCUAAGCCAGCAAUCAAUGGCCUUCCUCCAACUCCAAAAGUCCAUAUGGGAGCCUGCUUUACAAAGGUAUUUGAUGGAUGUCCUUUGAAGAUAAGUUGUGCUACAUCUUGGAUACACCCUGAGACAAAGGACCAGUACUUAAUCUUUGGAACUGAAGAAGGCAUUUAUACGUUAAAUCUGAAUGAACUGCAUGAAGCUUCAAUGGAGCAACUUUUUCCCAGGAGAUGUACUUGGCUGUAUGUUAUCAAUAACAUUUUAAUGUCUUUAUCAGAAGGCAAAACUUUUCAGCUUUAUUCACACAACCUGGUUGCCUUAUUUGAACAGGCAAAGAAACCAGGGUUAGCAUCCCAUAUUCAAACACACCGUUUUCCUGACAAGAUAAUACCCAGGAGGUUUGCUUUAACAACAAAGAUUCCAGAAACGAAAGGUUGCCAUAAAUGUUGCAUUGUGCGAAAUCCAAACACUGGAUACAAAUACCUCUGUGGGGCGCUACAGUCCGGUAUUGUCUUACUUCAGUGGUAUGAGCCAAUGCAAAAGUUCAUGUUGAUCAAGCAUUUUGACUUUCCACUCCCAGAUCCUCUAAAAGUGUUUGAAAUGCUUGUGGUACCUGAGCAAGAAUACCCAAUGGUCUGUGUAGCUAUCAGCAAAGGCAGUGAACCCAACCAAGUAGUUCAGUUUCAGACAAUAAACCUGAACUCUUCUUCCUCAUGGUUUACAGAAGAUAGUUCAGCUUGUUGCCAGUUGGAUACCAUCCAUGUAACCCAGUUGGAAAAGGAUACUGUUCUUGUCUGCAUGGAUCAAUAUGUCAAGAUUGUAAAUCUACAUGGUAAAUUGAAAUCGAGCAAAAAACUGGCAUCGGAGCUAAGUUUUGAUUUUUGCAUCGCAUCAGUAGUGUGUCUUCAGGACAGUAUUCUGGCUUUCUGGAAGCAUGGUAUGCAGGGCAAAAGCUUUAAGUCAAAUGAAGUUACCCAGGAGAUAUCCGAUAAAAGCAGAGUCUUUCAUCUCUUAGGAUCUGAUAGGGUUGUCGUGCUAGAAAGUCGACCAACAGACAAUCCUACAGCACACAGCAAUCUCUAUAUCUUAGCUGGCCAUGAAAACAGUUACUAAGCAACACAAAGAAACUUAAUCAGAGUGACUGUUGAUUGAAAUGGGACAAACAUAACCGCUUCCAACAAUGAAGAUUGAGUGUUGAGGAAAAUAUAAAACAAAAUAGAAGUUCAGCAGUGGCUGCUGUGGCCUUUCUUUUUGUUGUACUUCUAUAUUUGAUUCUAUCAUGGGGUAGAUUAUUAAGCAAAAUAGUAAAUUUAGUAGCUAGAUGUGGCUUUAUUAAAAUAUUCCGCCACUGUGUGGUUGGUCUGUCAUAUCAAAUUUGCAUUAUAAAAGCCAUGACUAAUUGUUUUGUAAACCGUAGCAAAAGAUCUAAUUUCUAAUCGUAAAAGCACAAUAAUUCAUGCAAAAUGAAAAUGUACAGCAAUCUUAAAGUGCCACACUUUCUCAUACUUAUUUCAGAACUUAAGAAUGAAGGGGUUAAAGGGUUAAUUGACUCUCAUACCCCCGAAUUCCAACAUCACCUUCUUACACCUAUACUUUUUUCAGAAUAUUGAUUGGUGUGCUUUAAGCUUUUCUACUUUAUAAAUAUUUUGCAAGAAAAUUUGGUGUUUCAUAGUGUUCUCCUGUUAUAUACUAAGUCUACUUUUAAUACUAAAUCUAUGUUUUUGGAAAUCUUCUCUUGCCUAAUACUGCAACAAUUUUAUAGGAUUUUUAAUGCACCCACUGCAAGACUGUACAGCUUGAAUAUCUGUUAUAGUAUAGCGAUAAACUGAAUAUUUAAAUGUUUUAUUUAUUAAUCUGCCAAUUGUAAGAAAGGUAACUUACAGGGGAAAAAUAGGGUAAUUACACCAUAUUUAGUUAAAUUUGUUUUAUUGAAGCUUAAGGCCGUAAGGAAGGGGGAAAAUGUCCCUUUUAGCUGAUUGUAUGUAUAAGCAUAUUGUAGUAUAUGAAUUGGAACUUAAGCUCUUACACUCUUUGUACAAAGGCACCAUAUAAGCACUUUCCUGUACUACUUUUAAUUUGUAAGGCUUAGCAAUUUAGUGGAUUUAUUCAUACAUUUUAAUCUUUUCAUAUGCAAUGUAUAGUGAAGGUGUUUUUUACACACAUAACAUGCAGUAGUUAUAGGAGUGCAAUAAAAUCAGUCAAAAUUGUCAAACAUUGUAUAAAUCAAAAAAAAAUACAUUUCUCUUCUGGCUAUUUUAAUCAUAAAUGUUGGGGAAAUCAUCCCACUUCAAAUUUUCAGCUUUGAAAUUGGAAUAUGGUUUAUGAUGCAAGCAGUGAAUAUCUUUAAGUCACCAUUUUCAGUUUCUACCUCACCCUAUGAAUGGCAUCUGUUUUCUAUGUCUCCACUUCUUGAAGACCUUUCAGAAAAUUUUACUUUAUCCACAUUCUUAAAAUUAGUCUUGCAUAUUAAAGGCUGUUAUUCAAUAAAAUAAACACUAAUUGUAGCAAAAAAAACUUGAAUUAAUUCUAACUCUGUAAUAUUCAUCUGUAAAUAAUGUAAAAUAAAAUGUUCAAUGCAUGGGUUCAAAUUUGUGAUAAUUACCUUGUGAAUGAGAGCUAUUCUACUGAUCUAUUACAAUAUAACUUGCAGUAGAAAAUUAUAACUUUCUGUAGGAACUGCUUGGAUUUCAAUUUAUUAAAAGUACUAGUCUUUUCUUUA